CGCGCGUUCUCGGUCAUUGCUGUUAGAAUAAUCAUGUGUUUCUUUAAAACGUUUCAUCUAUUGCUAAUAUAAAAAAAAUUUACAGCAAAAAUUUUUGAAUUCGACGGAGAGAGUUUAUGCCGUGCUAAGAAAAUAUUAUCAGACCGAGUCUGAACGAUUACGGACGAACGAGUAGAUUGACUAAAAGAAAGAAAAAAAGAAUAGAAUAAAAAAAUAAAAAAUAAAACAAAAAAAGAACAGAAAACAGGAGAGAGCUUAAGCAAACGAUAUAAACGAGUAAAAGAUAUUUCAUUAGAAGCGAAAGCGAAGACCGUCAUUUCUCAGACCAUGGAGAAUUACACGUCGGAUUCGAGUGAUUCCGAUGCGAAUACAAGAACAUUGGAUCUAUCAUACCUGAUGUUAGACUCACAUAUAUUGGACGAACAUUUUGUUACGGUAAAAUGUCCUGAACACGUGGACACCAUUUUGGUCCAUCAAAAUCGUAUAAAUGAUCUUCCACCGAGCAUUAUCCGAUUCACAAAUUUGAAUUCUUUGGACAUAUCGAAUUGCGGAUUGAAUCGACUUCCGGAUUUCCUUGGUGAUUGUCCAUUGACCUGUUUAAUCGCAAAACAUAAUAAUAUUUCGAACGAUUCCUUGCCAAAGAGCUUUGAGAAUUUACCGGGUCUACGUGAGCUCAAUUUAAGUGGGAAUAGACUACGAGAAUUUCCUGAACAAAUACUCGAUCUAAACGGUCUCAAGUAUCUCUAUCUCGGUGGUAAUCAUAUUACCGAGAUCAACAAGGAUCUAUGGAAGUUGCAACGAUUGCAGGUACUUUCGAUGGGAGGUAACAGAUUGACCGAAGUUCCUUCAACAUUAGGUCAAUUAAAAUCAUUACAAGCGUUGAUACUGUGCGACAAUAUGCUGGAGAGCUUGCCGAGUUCAAUAGCGAAUCUAACGAAUCUCAAAUCGCUUUUACUUCACAAGAAUAGAUUGAAGACACUGCCAACGGAAAUUAUUACGUUGAGAUGUUUGACAGAGCUUUCUCUAAGAGACAAUCCUCUCGUGGUUAGAUUCGUAUCGGACAUGACGCACAAUCCCCCAUCGUUAUUGGAACUGGCCGCACGGGUUAUUAAAACGAACAAUAUGCAAUACGACGAGGAACACAUUCCUAGAAAUCUCGUGGAAUAUUUGAACAGUGGACACCGUUGUGUCAACCCCAAGUGUAAAGGUGUAUUUUUCAACAAUCGUGUCGAACACGUUAAGUUCGUCGAUUUUUGUGGAAAGUAUCGUUUGCCAUUGCUUCAAUACCUCUGUAGCAGUAAAUGUAUCGGACCUCGUGAUAGUGAAGAGGAAGUUGUCAGCGGAGCGAUGAUAAGGAAGGUACUCCUUGGCUGAUGACCAUGAAAAUAGUUCUGGUACAGCAUCUCUGGCACUUACAUUUUUCGUACAAUCUAUUUGUGUCUUACUGUGGGAAAGGACUGUGAAAAAGUACCUAUCAAUGGUGAACAUAUAGAAAAGCUAAUAAGCAGGUGUGUUUUUUUUACAAUGUUAAUAAUAGGUUCAAAUACGACAAGAUGGCGCGCGCGCGUGCACGCGUGCGCGUGUGUGUGUAAAUUAAGAAAAAUUACCGACCUAUCUGAUCUUUUGUUUUUUUUUCUUGUUACUUUUUUUCGGACGAGGUAAUAUCGGUGCAAAGUAUCUCAACUAUGUGUCUAUAUGCGUGUGUGCGUGCAACCGUUAUUGAUCUACAUCAUAAACGAGGGUGUUAAUAAUAAUUAUCAUUCGUACGCUUUUGCAACGACACGUUUGAAGUAAAUAGCAUCUUUGUCAACAUUAUUGUUAAUAUUUUAUUGUUAAAUAAACCACAAAAAAUGUACAAUAAUAAUAGUAUUAUAUAGAGCCUUCGUUAACGGAGGCGAUCGAUUCUCGCUUAAACACAUUCAGCAAUAUGCUACAAGUAUGAUAUCGACUAUAUAAUCAUUGUAAAACUAAAAACAGAUAAUUAAACGGAGCGAAACGAA